AAAAAAAAAAAAAAAACAGAGCAAUGAAAUACAAAAUUCCAAAAAUGAGAAUAUAGAGAGAGAUUGAGAGAAUAGAGAAUCUCAACAGCUCCUUCUCUCUCCUCUCCGUCUCUCUCUUCAUCACAGACUCACAAUGCUCCCCCAUUAAACCUCACAGAUCUUACACGCACAUGUAUUAUAGAUACGUAUAUGUGUGUGUAUGUAGAGAGAGAGAGACAGAGAGACCCAUUAGUUAAUGGCUUCUGCUGCAGAGCAACCGAGUAAUAUUGAGGUGUUCUCGUGGCUGAAAAACCUACCUGUUGCACCAGAAUACCAACCAACCCUAGCUGAGUUUGAAGAUCCAAUUGGGUUCAUUUUCAAGAUCGAAAACGAAGCCUCCAAGUAUGGAAUCUGCAAAAUCGUACCCCCUGUGCCGGCCUCGCCAAAGAAAACUGCAAUUGCCAACCUCAACAAGUCCCUCGCGGCCCGUUCAUCGAAUCCCAACUCCAAGUCAGCCCCUACAUUCACUACUCGGCAGCAGCAGAUCGGGUUUUGCCCGAGAAAACACCGGCCAGUGCAAAAACCAGUGUGGCAAAGUGGUGAAACCUAUACCUUACCCGAUUUUGAAGCCAAGGCGAAGAGCUUUGAGAGGAAUUACUUGAAGAAAGCUGCCAAAAAGGCGUUAUCAGCUUUGGAAAUCGAAACCCUUUAUUGGAAGGCGACUGUGGAUAAACCCUUUUCGGUGGAGUAUGCGAAUGAUAUGCCAGGCUCUGCAUUUAUGCCGCUGAGUGAGAAGAAGGGUAGAGAAACAGGGGAGGCAGUGACUGUGGGUGAGACAGCAUGGAAUAUGAGAGGAGUGUCAAGGGAGAAAGGGUCUUUGUUGAGGUUUAUGAAGGAGGAGAUUCCUGGGGUUACGUCGCCGAUGGUGUACAUUGCAAUGAUGUUUAGUUGGUUUGCUUGGCAUGUAGAGGAUCAUGACUUGCACAGCUUGAAUUAUUUGCAUACAGGGGCAGGGAAGACUUGGUAUGGAGUGCCGAGGGAAGCGGCCGUUGCUUUCGAAGAGGUGAUCAGAGUUCAUGGGUAUGGGGGAGAGAUUAAUCCUCUUGUGACUUUUGCUACUCUUGGUGAGAAGAUCACAGUGAUGUCACCAGAAGUUCUUCUUAGUGCUGGGGUUCCAUGCUGCAGGUUGGUGCAAAAUCCUGGUGAAUUUGUUGUCACAUUUCCAAGAGCCUAUCACUCAGGUUUUAGUCAUGGAUUUAAUUGUGGUGAGGCAGCUAAUAUUGCCACCCCUGAAUGGUUGAGGGUUGCAAAAGAUGCUGCUAUCCGUAGGGCUUCAAUCAACUGUCCUCCCAUGGUGUCCCACUUCCAGUUGCUUUAUGAUCUUGCACUUUCAUUAUGUGCCAGGGUACCGAAGAGCAUCAGUAAGGAACCUCGGAGUUCUCGACUAAAGGAUAAGAAGAAGGGUGAGGCAGACAACUUGGUUAAGAAGCAAUUUGUUCAGGAUCUGAUGCAGAACAAUAACCUGCUGCAUAUUCUUGGGAAAGGAUCGUCAGUUGUGCUUCUUCCCCGAUACUUUGUAGACAAUUCUGCUUGCUCAAACUUGCGUGUUGGAUCUCAGUUAAAAGUAAAACCCAGGUUUUCCCUUGGUUUGUACAGUCCAAAUGAUGAAUCAAAGGACGCAGAAAGUUUGCUUUCUGAUGAUAUUGUGCUAGACAGGAAACAGGGGGCGAAGCAUUUGACAGGUUUAUAUUCGUUGAAGGAAAACUUUUCUUCUUUUUAUGAUAGGAGCAGGCCUCCCUUGUUGGGCAGAAGUAAUGAUGUAUCAUGUUCUUUAGCUUCUUAUACUCAGAACUUGGAUCAUGAAAGAACUGCUCGCUGUGAUAGGUUGUCAGACCAGGGACUUUUUUCAUGCGUGACUUGUGGGAUUUUGUGUUUUGCUUGUGUGGCUAUAGUUCAACCGAGCGAGGCCUCUGCAUGUUAUCUAAUGUCAGCUGAUUGCAGCAUUUUUAAUAAUUGGGCAGCAAGUAGUGACGGCUUGACUGCUGUCGAUGGGGAUGCAAAUUCUUCAGUGCUGAAUUCCUCUUCAGGAUGUAUGUUCAAAAGUACUCGAGAUGGUUUAUUUGAAGUCCCAAUACAAUCUGCUGACAAAAUUCAGACAGUGGGUGAAAGCAUGGGGGUGGUUUCAAAUACGGAAGCACAACAGGAUAAUUCUUCCCUUGGCCUGUUGGCUUUUACUUAUGGUAAUUCUUCUGACUCCGAGGAAGAUAUGAUUGAAGCAGAUAUUCCUGUUAAUGGCAAUGAACCCGAGUUGAGAGAAUAUUCAGCAGAAAGUAGACUUGAUUGUGGUAAAACUGGAUUGGCUUCCCUUGAGCGUUAUAGUGGAGCAACUGGUUGUAAUAAUCUCCCCUUUUCACAGCUUGGUUGUAGAGAUGAAGUUCCUCUCCAAAUUAUCGAUCCUCAUGGAGAGCAUGUGCACGCAGGAGCUAGUUUCAAGGAUAGAACCAAUCAAAGUUUUGGCUGUCCUGUUGAAUUCGAAAUGGAUGACAUCACUUCACUGGAGGCAAGUAGUUUACGAGCUAGGUUUAGACAUCAAAUGAAACUAUCGCCUAUUGCCUCGAGUUGCUCCCCAGUCGCCCAUAAGGCUGAAACAUCAAUUAAUAGUGCCAAAGUCCCAAUCGAUAACACGAUAAUGUCAUGUGCUCCAAGAUCCGACCAAGAUUCUGCUAGGAUGCAUGUCUUCUGUCUUCAGCAUGCUGUAGAAGUAGAACAGCAGCUUUGUUCAAUUGGCGGAGCACAUAUCUUGCUCCUUUGUCAUCCUGACUAUCCCAAGCUAGAGGCAAAAGCAAAAUUAGUGGCAGAAGAACUAGGGACCAAUCAUCUAUGGAGUGAUAUUGCAUUUAGGGAGGCCACCGAAGAAGAUGAUGAGAGCAUACAAUCGGCUUUAGAUAGUGAGGCAGCCGUACAUGGGAAUGGGGACUGGGCUGUCAAGCUAGGCAUCAAUCUCUACUACAGUGCAAACCUUAGCUGCUCUCCUCUCUACAGUAAGCAAAUGCCAUAUAACUCUGUUAUAUACAGUGCCUUUGGUCGCAGUUCUCAAGUUGACAUCUCAAUGAAACCUGAGUUCUGCGGGAAGGGGUCUGGCAAGCACAAAAAGAUAGUUGUUGCCGGGAAAUGGUGUGGGAAGGUCUGGAUGUCAAAUCAGGUUCAUCCUUUGCUAGCAGAAAGGGAUGAUGAAGAUCAAGAGCAGGAAAGAAGCAUUCCAGCUCGCGCAAAGCCUGAUAUGAAGCUUGAGAGAAUAACAGAAACUACCCACAUAGCUGAAACAGCCUCUGCAACUAGCAAGAUUGGAAGGAACAGGAAGAAUAGAGUAGAAAGUAGGUCAAUCAUGAAAAUUAAAGUACAAAAAGACGAAGAUCCUGAUCAAUCUUCAGAUGAGACACCAGAGGAUAGUUCUCAUCAGCAACACAAGAAGAAUCUUCGAAACAAGAGAAUGAAAACGGAUACUACUCAGCCUAGGAGUAACAGUGGGGAAAACACCAGGUUAAUGGACACAUACGACGAGGAUGAGCUGGAAGGUGGACCUAGCAGACGCCUAAGGAAAAGACUUCCCAAACCAACUAAAGAGUUGGGUGUUAAACGUGUGGGAUCCAAACCAGUUGACGCCAAACCAGUCUUGAAGCAACAGCUUGGCCUUAAGAAAGGAAAGAAGGCUCCAGCCAUAAAAGUUCUGGCAGGCACUAAUGGCAAGAGGAUGAGGGAUGUGGAAGCAGAGUACCCUUGUGACAUGGAGGGGUGUACAAUGAGUUUUGGCUCGAAACAAGAGCUUGUACUUCAUAAACGAAACAUCUGUCCAGUCAAGGGGUGCGGGAAGAAGUUCUUCUCACACAAGUAUCUGGUGCAGCACCGACGUGUUCACAUGGACGACCGCCCCCUGAAAUGCCCCUGGAAGGGCUGCAAGAUGACAUUCAAGUGGGCAUGGGCUAGGACUGAGCACAUUAGAGUUCAUACAGGUGCUCGUCCUUAUGUUUGCACCGAGGCUGGUUGUGGCCAAACAUUUCGCUUUGUCUCAGAUUUCAGUCGUCACAAGCGGAAAACAGGUCACUCGCCAAAGAAAGGCAGGGGGUAAUUCGAAAGUGAGGAUGCAAUUUAACAUGGCUGUUGUUCAAUUGACAGAGGUAGGGGUAGGCCUUAGGGAUAGAACUGAACUGAACUUUGUAAUUUUUCUUCACAGUACAGUUAAUUCUGUUUUGGCCUGGGAAGUCAUUGGGCCCAUUCAUUUACCUCAACCAGAUCUUGAAACAGGAUUGUAUUCUAAUUGGAAGAUGAAAUUCAGAAUUUUCUGUUGAAUUGGGAAUGAAUGUGACUGAAUUUUCAGGUUGCUUUUGUACCUUUGUGACAGUAAGAACAUAACAAGUUUAGUGUUCUUCACUUUAUAUGUAUCAACUUUAAUGUUUUGGUG